UCAACCAAACGCAGGCGUUAAGUAUAAAUAAUCUGCAAUAUGUCAGGGAAGAGGGCAGACCCCUUUUUGCACAACCAGAGAGAGGUAGGUGAUUGCUUGUUCAAUUCUGCGGUCAUGAGCUGGAAUGGACACCGCGAAGCUGUUAUCUUUCUUGAAAACCUGCGUUAACUCAAAGUUAUUGAAGCAGGGUAAGCUUGUACACCAGAAAAUUCUGUCUCUAGGCUUGCAAAACAACAUUGCUUUGUGCAAGAACCUCAUCACCCUAUACUUGUCUUGCCAUUUGUAUGAUUCUGCCAAGUUAGUCUUUCAAACCUUUGAGAACCCAUUAGACAUCUCUUUGUGGAAUGGCCUCAUGGCAGCGUACACCAAGAACUUUAUGUUCAUUGAAGCUCUUGAGCUGUUUGAGAGGUUGCUGCGCUUCCCUUUUCUGAAACCCGACUGUUACACUUACCCAAGUGUUCUAAAGGCUUGUGCUGGAUUGGGCAGGGUUGGGUAUGGGAAGAGGGUCCACACUUGCGUUAUUAAAACAGGAUUUGGAUCAGAUGUUGUCGUUGCCAGCUCCAUCGUGGGCAUGUACGCGAAGUGUGGUGUAUUCGAGAAUGCAAUACAGCUGUUUGGUGAAAUGCCCCAAAGAGAUGUGGCGUGUUGGAAUACUGUUAUUUCUUGUUAUUAUCAGGACGGGCAAUGUGAGAAAGCAUUGAAAGUAUUUGAAGAAAUGAAGGGUUUGGGGUUUGAGCCCGAUUCAGUGACACUGACGACUACUAUCUCUUCGUGUGCGAGACUUUUGGAUUUGGAAAGAGGGAGGGAGAUUCAUGAGGAUUUAAUGAGAAAUGGGUUUGUUUUGGAUGGUUAUGUUAGCUCCGCUCUCGUGGACAUGUAUGGAAAAUGCGGCUGGUUAGACAUGGCUAGAGAGGUUUUUGAGCAAAUCCCAAGAAAGAGUGUGGUUUCUUGGAAUUCCAUCAUUGCAGGAUUCAGCCUAAGAGGUGACAGUAAGUCAUGCUUUGAACUUUUUCAGAGGAUGAAUAAAGAAGGAGCUAAACCAACAUUAACUACUUUAAGCAGCUUGUUAAUGGCUUGUUCUAGAUCAGUGGAACUGCAAAGUGGAAAAUUCAUUCAUGGAUAUAUAUUAAGAAACAGAAUAGAAGCCGAUAUCUUUGUUAAUAGCUCACUUAUUGAUCUAUAUUUCAAAAGUGGAAGCAUCAGGUCAGCUGAGAUCAUUUUUGAAAAAAUGUCUAAGGUUAAUGUAGUUUCUUGGAAUGUAAUGAUUUCUGGAUAUGUGACUGUAGGCCAUUAUUUUGAGGCUCUUAAAACCUUUAGCAACAUGAGAGAAACUGGCGUAGAACCAGAUGCCAUAUCAUUCACCAGUGUCUUGCCAGCCUGUUCACAGUUAGCAGCCUUAGAACAGGGUAAGGAGAUCCAUAAGUGUAUCACUGAAAGUAACUUUGAAUCCAAUGAAGUAGUUAUGGGUGCUCUCCUUGACAUGUAUGCUAAAUGUGGUGCUGUGGAUGAAGCACUUUGUGUUUUUAAUCAACUCCCAGAGAGGGACUUUGUCUCAUGGACUUCAAUGAUCACAGCUUAUGGGUAUCAUGGUCAAGCUUUUGAAGCUUUGCAGCUUUUUCAUAAUAUGCAGCAGUCUGGUGCAAAACCAGAUCGAGUUACAUUCCUUGCAUUAAUGUCUGCAUGCAGCCAUGCAGGAUUGUUUAAUGAAGGGUGUUAUUAUUUCAAUCUAAUGAGCACUGAAUAUGGCAUUAAACCCACAAUUGAACACUACUCAUGCUUGAUGGAUCUUCUUGGGCGUGCAGGGAGAUUACAUGAAGCUUACGGGAUUAUACAAAAAAACCCAAGCAUAAAAGAUGACGUUGGGUUGUUAAGCACACUAUUUUCUGCAUGCCUAUUGCAUGGGAAAUUAGAACUGGGCGAGGAAAUUGCAAGAUUGCUAAUCGAGAAAGAUCCUGAUGAUCCAUCAACAUAUAUAAUUUUAUCGAACUUGUAUGCUUCAGCCAAGAAAUGGGAUGAUGUACGCAAGGUGAGAUUAAAGUUGAAAGAACUUAAACUAAAGAAGAAUCCUGGGUGUAGCUGGGUUGAAGUUGACAAGGGGAUCCAACCCUUCUUUGUGGAAGAUAAUUCGCAUCCACAUGCAGACAUGGUAUAUGAAUGUUUGGAAAUUCUUGCCAGUCAUAUGGAAAAGGAUGAAUAGCUGGCACAUUAGAAAUAAAGCCAAGAAUACUUGCAGUUAAUUGUAUUCAAAUUGAACAAACUUCUAAACUUCUUUCGAGAAAGGACUUAACGCCAACAAAUACGAGUGCAUCAGCUCUGCAGAAUUUCAAAUGGCUAGGAUAUGCAUGUGAAGAAGUUGCAUUGUGCACAUAUCACAUGGGAAUUGUUGUUAGAUUCAUCCCAGCAUGUUCCCUCUGCUUUAGCUUCAAUUAUAUGGGAAUGCCUCACGUUUUGUGGAUGGUAAGAUUGCUUUUAAUGAUUGAUAUUGGUUUUGCCCUCUAGGUUGAAGAUUUCUUAAAUGCAACUGAAUUAACUAUUUUAAUCUUAAAAGUCAAUAAGUUUCACGUCUUAUGAUAUUUGCUCCAUAAUUUUUAGUGUCCAUCAUUAGACAUUGUGGAUAUCUAGGAAGUGUGACGUAUAUGGUGGUUUUUAUUUAGAAAAUUGUUGUUGAUAUAUUACAAAACACUAUGACUACUAUUACAAGUCAUUUGGGUCA